AUGGCCACCGCCUCAUUACCAGCGACAUCAGCCACAGCAGCGACGGCAGCGACGGCAGCGACGGCAGCGACGGCAGCGACACCGGCCACACCGGCCACACCGGCCACACCGGCCACAACAGCGACACCAGACACAGCAGCGACACCAGACACAGCAGCGACACCAGUCACAGCAGCGACACCAGUCACAGCAGCGACACCGGCCACACCGGCCACACCACCCACACCACCCACACCGGCCCCGCAGGGCAUCCCCAGGGGCACCGCCCUCCAGGUGCACAAGCACACCACCCCCCACUACGACGCAUUCGUGCAGGGCUUCCUCAGCCACGCCCACCCGCAGCCAACGGUCCAGCUGGCGCGCAAGCUCUGCGCAACCUGGCCGCUCCCCUCGCGCAGCGCGCCCAAAACGCUCAACAUCGGCAUCAUGGACAGCUCGUUCAACCCGCCGCACUACUGCCACGGCGCCUACCUCGAGUGCCUGGGCACGCAGCAGAUGCGCAGCCGCGCAGGCGACGCGCAGCUGCCCGAAAUCACGGCCUACCUGCUGCUCCUGGGCGCGCGCAACGCAGACAAGCGGCUGGCCGACGCGUCGCUGGAGCAGCGCAUGCGGAUGGUCGACAUGCUUGCGCACACGGUGGCCGUGGACAACGCCGCGGACACCUGGCACGUGUGGAAGACCAGGGAGCAGUUCCACGCGUCGGCGCUGCAGAACAUGGCCUUCGGCAUGGUCAGCGCGCCGCGCUUCGUCGACAAGUGCGAGGCCGUGCGCCGGGUGGCGCUGGCGGAGCUUGGGGACGAGGGGGCGCAGGGCGUCGACGUCAGGUGCUUCUUCGCCAUGGGCUGGGACACCCUGACCCGCUUCUUCGACCCCAAGUACUACGGCGACUGCCAGGCCGAGGUCGCGCGCUUCUUCGCCAUGGGCGGGCGCAUCGCCUUUGCGCGCCGCGCAGGCUACGGCGGCGACGCCGACGUCGACGGCUUCUUCGCGAGUGCGCGGGUGGCGCCGUUCCUGCGGUUCAUCUUCGAGCUGGACCUGCCCAAGCGCGUGCGCCACAUCAGCUCGACCGACGUGCGGCUGGCCGUGCGCAACAGCACGAUGGGCGUCCGGGACAUCCCGCCGCGCAUCCUCGACUUCAUCAACAGCUCGCAGCUGUACCGCGACAAGAACGCCAAAAAGACGCGCAAGGAGAUGGCGAGGCAGGUGGCGUCCGCGCCGCAGAGCAGAAAGCCCGCUGCCAGCUUAAUUUAA